AUAUUCACCAUAUUCCCAUGUUCAAAUAGUUCAAUAGACAUAAUAUUAUUUAGACGAUAGAAAUCAAAAAUCACUGUCAGACGUCAGUCCAAGAGGCAAGGUAACUACUAAGUAUGUCAAUCGAAUUUAAAAAACGUAAGGUUGUGCAAAACCGACGUAGGCGAGCUGCCUCAGAUAGUGAAAACAGUGAUGAAGAGAGUGCUGUUGUUUUAAAUGAAAAAAGAAAUAAAAAAUCCAGCCCAUUUAUUCAAAGUACGUCCAACAAAAAGCUCAAAGCAUCUGGACCAAUACACGAUUCUUCAGAGAGUGAUAAUGAAUCUGUCGGUGUUUCAUAUCGUUCCAAAAUGGACACCGACAUGAGUGGACCGAAAGACAUGGGUGCAACUGCAACAAUUGAAAUUGAUACUGAACUUGACAAAGAUGCCCAAGCUAUCUAUGAACGUUCUUUACAAGUGAAUAAAGAACUUAAGGGUAAAGAAGAUGACAAGGUUUAUAGAGGUUUAGCGAAUUAUACUCAAUAUUAUGAGAAAAAAGAUACAGCUUUAGGUAAUGCAUCUAGUGGAAUGGUACGCAAAGGACCUAUAAGAGCACCAGCUAAUUUACGUUCUACUGUUCGUUGGGAUUAUCAACCUGACAUUUGUAAGAUUAUAAAGAAACUUUUUUGUGGUUUUGGCGACAGUUGUAAAUUUUUACAUGAUCGUUCAGACUAUAAAUUUGGGUGGCAAUUAGAAAUGGAAUCUACUCAACAAGGUGAUUCAGAUGAUGAUGAUCCAUCAAAGUAUGAAAUUAAAGAAAAUGAUGAUGAUUAUUUGCCUUUUAAAUGUUUGAUUUGUCGAGGAUCUUAUGUCAAUCCUGUAAUGACAAAAUGUAAACAUUAUUUCUGUGAAAAGUGUGCUUUAGCUCAUUUCAAAAAGAGCACUAAAUGUUUCGUCUGUGAGAAACAAACUGGAGGAUUUUUUGAUCCAGCUACAACUAUAAUUGAAAGACUUAAUGCAGCUAAUACAGACAUAAUACAUCAAUGUAAUUCAGAUGAAGAAUCGGAUUAAUUAAUAUACCUAAUUGUAAAUAAUUCAUAAUACUAAACCAUAUUAUAAAUGCCUAGAAAUUGUUUAUUUAGUUAAAUAAUUAUAGUUUAAGUUCAAUACAAAAACAAUGUAUGUAAAACCUUACAAUCUAAGAGACAACUACCUAGGUAAAAUAUAAACUUGUAUUCAUUUGAUGUAUCAUAAUAUUAUUAAUUUCUAGAACUCUAUAAAAAACGUAUUUUUGUAAUUAUGUUAAGAACUAAUAAACUAGCCAACUAGGUUUUAUUUAUUUGGUUUAUAAUAAAAAAGAAUUUUUAAUCAAUA